CCCGGGCCCCACCAGGCCCAGGAGGGCAGCUCCACUUCCCAGGCCUCAGAGACCUUUGACCGGCCCUAUCGAUCUGGGCUCUUGGGCAGGGAGUUGGGCUAACGGACGGACGCCAUGAGGGCUCUGCUGCUCCUGGGGUCCCUGCUGGUGAACCUGAAGUCAACACUUUCGGCUCCACCUUUGAAAGCCUCCAAGGAGCACAAGGUCAAGGCGGAUGAGCACACAGUGGUUGUCACUGUCACUGGGGAGCCCUGCCACUUCCCCUUCCAGUACCACCGGCAGCUGUACCACAAAUGCAUCCACAAGGGCCAGCCAGGCCCCCAGCCCUGGUGUGCUACCACCCCUAACUUCGAUCGGGACCAGCGAUGGGCAUACUGCCUAGAGCCCAAGAAAAUGAAAGACCACUGCAGCAAACACAGCCCCUGCCAGAAAGGAGGGACCUGUGUGAACACACUGAAUGGCCCACACUGUCUCUGUCCAGAACACCUCACUGGGAGGCACUGCCAGAGAGAAAAGUGUUUUGAGCCUCAGCUUCUCCAGUUCUUCCAUGAGAACGAGAUAUGGUAUAGAUCGGAGCCCGCCGGCGUGGCCAAAUGCCAGUGCAAGGGUCCUGAUGCCCACUGCAAGCCGCUGGCCAGCCGGGCCUGCCGCACCAACCCGUGCCUCAACCGGGGCCGCUGCCUAGAGGCGGAGGGCCACCGCCUGUGUCAGUGCCCCGCGGGCUACACGGGACCCUUCUGCGACGUGGACACUGAGGCGAGCUGCCAUGAUGGCCGCGGGCUCAGCUACCGUGGCAUGGCCCGGACGACACUCUCGGGUGCGCGGUGUCAGCCGUGGGCCUCCGAGACCACCUACCGGAACGUGACUGCAGAGCAAGCGCUGAAGUGGGGGCUGGGCGGCCACGCCUUUUGCCGGAACCCGGACAAUGACACCCGCCCAUGGUGCUUCGUGUUGAGCGGCGACCGGUUGAUCUGGGAGUACUGCGACCUGGCACGGUGCCAGCCCCCACUCCAGGCGGCGCCCCCGAUCCGGGUUCCCCCGGGGCGUCAGGACCUGCCCUUGCCCACGCAACCCCUGCCCUUGCCCCCGCAUCCGCCGUUGCAGAAGCCUCAGCCCACGACCCAGACCCAGCCUCAGUCCCAGACCCCAGCCUUGCUCCCGAAGCCGGAGCAGCAGAGCCCCCUGCCCAGGACCCAACUGCUCGGCUGCGGACAAAGGCUCCGAAAGCGGCUGUCCUCGGUGAGCCGCGUUGUUGGUGGACUGGUGGCGCUGCCCGGGGCGCAUCCUUACAUCGCCGCGCUGUACUGGGGCCACAGUUUCUGCGCCGGCAGCCUCAUCGGCCCCUGCUGGGUGUUGACCGCGGCCCACUGCCUGCAGGACCGGCCAGCGGCCGAGGAGCUGACGGUGGUCCUCGGCCAGGACCGCCACAACCAGAGCUGUGAGCAGUGCCAGACGCUGGCCGUGCGCUCCUACCGCCUGCACGAGGCCUUCUCGCCUGUCAGCUACCAGCACGACCUGGCUCUGCUACGCCUGCAGGAGAGCGCGGACGGCAGCUGUGCGCUCCUGUCGGAGUACGUUCAGCCAGUGUGCUUGCCCAGCGGCGCCGCCCCAGAGGCCGAACUCCAGGCCGCACUCUGCCAGGUGGCCGGCUGGGGCCACCAGUUCGAGGGAGCGGAGGAAUAUUCCAGCUUCCUGCAGGAGGCGCAGGUGCCCUUCAUCUCCUUGGAGCGCUGCUCCACCCCGGACGUGCACGGAGCCGCCAUCCUCCCUGGCAUGCUCUGCGCCGGCUUCCUCGAGGGCGGCACCGAUGCGUGCCAGGGUGACUCGGGAGGCCCGCUGGUGUGUGAGGACGAGGCCGCUGAGCACCGGCUCACUCUGCGAGGCAUCGUCAGCUGGGGCUCGGGCUGUGGUGACCGCAACAAGCCAGGCGUCUACACCGAUGUGGCAAACUACCUGGCUUGGAUCCAGGAGCACACCACUUCCUGAUUGUCCAGGGACUCUUUUUCCCCCCUCGGUAAUUCCAGAAUGGGACAGUGACCAGGGUGAUCAUGGAUGGCAAAGAUUGUGUCCCAUUCCACCCCCAAUACCACCCCUAACGCCAUCAGCCUGGCACCAGGCAUGGCCCAGGAAUUCAAUAAAGUGCUUUGAUAAUUGA